GACUAGCAUCAGGGCUUCCGGCGGAGAGGGGAGUGGGGCCGUGGAAGCCGCGCCUGGACCCAGUUCCCGAAGGAAGUGAUGUCAGCUAGAGCGCGUCCCCGGCGCCAAGCAGCUCCCUGAUUCGCUGGCUGCGGUUUAAUCCCUCCUCGAGUGCGGCCGCAGGCGGGUGGUCUAGAGAGGGAGAGUGGGGUGAGGUUCUGCCCACCCCCAGUGGGGCCGCCUACGGCCGAGUUCUCUGAAUUCUGAGAUUGUCAUGAUGUCUUCUAAUUCAUCCAUUACCUCUUGGAUUCCAGUUCUCUUGAAUGGAAUUAUCACUUCUCCCCCAAGCAUCUCUCUAUCUACUGGUGAUUCUGUGGUUGCUUCUACCCAUGACCCUGUUCAGUGCUUCAUUCCACAGCACAGCUUACAUAGGUGGGUUAGAAUUCUGAUCCUGUAAUGUUCUGGUUUUUUUUUUUUAUUUAUUUAUUGAUUUUGAGAGAGAGAGAUUAAGUGUGUACUGGGAAGGGGCAGAGAGAGAAGGAGAGAGAGAAUCCCAAGCAGGCUCCACACUAUCAGUGUGGAGCCUGAUGCGGGCUCGAACUCAUGAGCCGUGAGAUCAUAACCUGAACCAAAGUCAGAUGCUUAACCAACUGAGCCACCCAGGCACCCCUUAAUCCUGUAGGGUUCUGAGUUUAUAUGUCAUUGCAUGGUUUGGCCCUUGUUGUAGCCAAGAAGCCGUGUCUACUUCCGUCAGAUUUCCCCCAAGUAUUCAGUGUGGUAUAAGCCAUUAUUAGUCUAAAUUUCACCUGUUUUCAGACUUUUUCAUGGAAAGAGGAACCCCACCCCUGACACUAGUUUAAGGGUUCAUCUUCAACUAGCUCCUGUCUUUCUCCCAUCUUCUUUAAAGCUAGGAAAACUCCCAGUUGCCUUUACACAGCAGACCCAGCAGGAACAAUAUCUGUUCUAGUUCUUGUUUUUGGUUUUGAGAGAGGCUAUACCUUUUUUGUCUCCCCUUUCUAUAUUUUAUCUAAUAUUGUCAUGUAUUUCAAGAUUGAGAGACGGGGUAUCUUAAGACAUGAACUUCUGGCAAUUAUCUCUAGGAAGUCUGUCCCAUUUUUAUAUUCAGUGGCAUAGGAAUAGAACUAGAGCUAUUUUUUGUCUCUUUCAGUGACACAGUGUUCUCAGAGCCCUCCCACAGCAGGGUUGGAACAACACAGCUUUUUUACAUUCCUUGGAAACCCUCAUUUUCUAAAUAAGAUUUUGGAUUUCUGGGAGAGUAGAGUUGGAUGUGGGUUUGAAUCUUAGCUCCAUUAUUUCAUUUGUCUAUUCGUUGUCUAUUCAUUCAGCAAGUAUUUUGAGAACAUGCUUUGUCCUAGAUUUGUUCUAGGUGCCUUAUUUCUUGGGAAUUAUUUAGUAGUUUUGUAAUUUGGGGCAUUCUUUCUUUGUAAUUUGUAAUUCUUUCUUUGCAAAGUAGGCAUGAUACUGUCUAGUUCACUGGUUUGUUUUAAGGAUUAAAUUAGAUAAUACAUUCUUUACUUAGCACAGUAUUUAAUAAAUGUUCAUCAUAACCACUUUCAUUAAUUUUUAAAAUCCUUUGUGAUAUAGUCACUCAUUUAUUUAUUCCACAAAUUUAUAAUAAGCAUCUACUAAGUGCCAGGCACUGUGUUAGUAAUGUAAUUAAUGUGGCAAUGUAAUGUUAGGUAAAAGCAGACAUCAUCCAUGCUCAUAGGCAGUUUCCAGUGUAAAAUCAAAUUUGGGUUGUCAUUUCUAGGAGAUACUUCCCCCAAACUAAGGAUACUGUUUGGUUCGUGGUAUAAGGAAAACUUGUGAACUCUCACUUGGAUUACCAGAUGAUUCUUUACCUUUAGUAAUUUGUGACCUAGCAAAAUGUUAGGGCUUUUGCUGUAGCCCCUAAAGCACACAUCUUAAAAUUCAUCUUUCAGUCAAAAGUUGGUAAACUUUGUGUUUGCUUAAUUAUCCCCAGGUAUCCUGUUACAACAUUGUACUUUUAAAGAAAGAAAGAACCAUAUAAUAAAGCUACUGUUCAUAUUAUGUUCUGCAAAGGUUUAGUACUUUCCUUUUUCUGAAUUGUCAGGAUUUUUCUCUUAGAUACUAGCUUUUCUGCAUAGACUUGUUAGCUGUUUCUUUAAGAAGGAAUAAUCAUAGAAUUUUCUUUAAGGCCAAGAGAACAUUUGCAAGCCUCAUGCUUAGUCUUUGGUAGGGACAAGUAAAUAAAUUUUUAAGCUGUGGUGUUCGUAAUCUAUUAAAGAAAAGAAAUCUCAGUACUUUUAGCCCUUUCCUAAUCUGAAGGUAAGUUCAUUUCUAGACAUAGAUAUAAGGAUGUGGGUUGUUAAUCCAAUUAAAAAUGUUUGAGAUGGUUCUAAGUAUUCCAUGACUGAUUAUAGGAUCAUCUUACAUGUUGUUUUUUAGCCAUAACUAAUAUGGAUAUCUAUAAUUACAUAUUUACAAUGAAAUAUACUGAGAGGCAACCAAAUUUGUUUUCUGCACUGUCCAAAGUAUAUAAAUCUAUAGCAUAUCUUUUGUCAAAAAUCAUGUGAGUGUACGCCCAGAUAAUGAAAGUAACAUGUCCCUUGCACUGUAGCAUUAAUGACAACUAAAAAAAGUGCUUCCAAUCUCUUUUUUAAAAACAUUUUUUCUUUUAUAAAACAAUAUAUUUUCAUUAUAUAAAAUACAGAAAAUGCAAAAAACCAUUGGUAAGAAUUAAACAUGUUUGUGUGUGUGUAUUCUCUUUAAAACAAAGUUGGACAUAAUGUACAUAUUGUUUCUAUUUUUUUACUUAGCCAUUUCCUUUUAUCACUAAAUAAUUUUGGGAAACAUGCUUAGUAUUCCCAGCCCAUGUUAUAGAUGAACUGUAAUUUAUUUACAGCCACCUUUUGCUAACAUUGAAGUAAUUUCUAGUAUUUCAUUGUUAAAAAUUACAUUGCAGUACACAUACCCUUUUGCAUUAAUUUUGUGUAUAUUUCUGAUCUAUUUACAGAGAUUUAUUCUAAGGAAAUAAAUUACCAGGUCAAAGGGUAUCAUGGCAUUUUAAAGUCAGAUCUGUGUACCUUCUGGAAAAAUUGUGCUGUGACCACAAAUAGUAAAUGCAAACACCCCAUUUCAUCAAAUGAUCUUUGCCAGUAAAUGACAUUCAAUUGUCUAAAUUUAUAUUUUUAUUCAUUAUUGAUAUGACUUAAUUUUAAUCACAUGUAUUGGUCUUUUUUUUUUUUUUUUACUUUGUGUGUGUGUGUGUAAAUCACCUAUUCAUGUCAAAAGUUGCUUUUCAGUUUUUUCAGAGGCAUCACAUAAUGUCCUCUGAAACAUUGCCAGCAUUUAUUGAGUCUUCUAAUGUUGAAAGAAAGCAAAGCUUAAGUGAAGAACAAGAGAAGAGCCAGAAGCCAAGAUUAGGUGAAGGAUUUGAACCAAUAUCUAAACGACAAAUGAAGAAGCUAAUUAAACAGAAACAAUGGGAAGAGCAACGAGAACUCCGCAAACAAAAACGGAAGGAAAAACGCAAGAGAAAACAAUUAGAGCGACAAUGUCAACUGGAAUCGAACUCAGAUGGAAACGACAGAAAACGUAUUCGAAGAGAUGUUGUUCACAGCACACUCCGCCUUAUCAUUGACUGCAGUUUUGACAGCUUGAUGGUAUUAAAGGACAUUAAGAAACUUCAUAAGCAGAUUCAACGGUGUUAUGCAGAAAAUCGACGAGCACUGCAUCCUGUGCAGUUUUACUUGACAAGCCAUGGAGGCCAGUUGAAAAAGAACAUGGAUGAAAAUGACAAAGGAUGGGUCAACUGGAAGGAUAUCCACAUCAAACCAGAGCAUUAUAGUGAAUUUAUAAAGAAAGAAGACCUAAUUUAUCUUACAUCAGACUCACCUAAUGUACUGAAGGAAUUAGAUGAAUCAAAGGCCUAUGUGAUUGGAGGGUUAGUAGAUCACAACCAUCACAAGGGACUCACAUAUAAACAAGCAUCAGAUCAUGGAAUUGAUCAUGCACAGCUCCCCCUUGGAAAUUUUGUGAAGAUGAAUAGUAGAAAAGUUUUGGCAAUUAAUCAUGUGUUUGAGAUUAUUCUGGAAUAUCUGGAAACCAGAGACUGGCAAGAAGCAUUUUUUACUAUCUUACCCCAACGGAAAGGAGCUGUUCCCACAGACAAAGCCUGUGCAAGUUCUUCGCAUGACAAGAAUUCUGCCAGUGUUGAAGGUGGAUUAGACAGUGAUUCUAGUGAUGAGGAAAAUAGCAGAAAUGAACUAGAUUCACAAUACGAAGAAGAAAAGCAAGAUAAAGAAAAUAGCAGUGAAUCUACAGUAAACUCUAUACCACACUAAUGUCAUCUGUUGUUUUUUGUUUUGUUUUGUUUUGUUUUUUUAGUUUAAGGAGAACUUAGGAAAAAAUGAGGUGCUUCAUAGAAUACUCUAAUUGGAAGAAAAUUUUAUUUCCUCUUAUUUCUGUUGUUAAUUUUUAAAACGUUCUUUACAGCUAAAUGAUAAAAAGCCCAAGCAUUUUUUGUUUUUGCAUAAAAUUUAAAUGUUUAAUUUUUAAAAUAGUUUUCUAAGCCUCAAAUAACAGUUUCUUGAGAAUUUUACUUUUUUGGUAAACCUUCAUUCUCUUUUAUUUACUGGAUUAUAUUCUUUAGAAUGUGCCUUCAAACCUUUCAGUUUUUUUUUAUGUUUAUAUCAAGUGUCUCUGAUUUAUUGUUUACUUAUUUGUGGAGAUAGAUAUUUAUAAAUCUCCUGUAAAUCUACCAAAAUGUUCUAAAUGGGAGGUUAUCUCCUAUUUGCAGCUUUUUUAUUCAGUUACUUCAAAGUUACUUCAAAAAUAACUCAGUUACUUCAAAGGAAUACAGUGAUUUUAGGAAGAACUAUUAGAUUGAUAAACUCAACAGUUUAUUUCUUUUGCACUAUGGAGUUCCUCCUCUAUGAUGCCUUUUUGUGGCUCUAAAGCAAUCACUAAAGAAUUAAGAAUCUCUUUAAUAUGUUUUCUUAAUUUCAAUAAUGGUGGUAAAUUAUUUCAAUUGAAAAUUUUAAUUUUUCAGGCUAGAUUAUUUUAAAAGGCUGUUGAGUCUCAAUUUUGUUUUAUAUUUAAAAGGAAACAGCUCUUAGUUAUCCUUCCCUUCUAUAUGUACUUUUAUUAAAUAAAAUAUUUGUUGUUCUUAAAGUGAAACAAGUUAACUUUAUAUGUGCAUCUGUCUACUAGCAUAUAAUAUGCAAUCUAAUGUAACUGUAUGUUUCUACAUAUAAGCAUGUAUGAAAAAAAAUAUAUAAUUGUAUGUAUAUGUAUCUGUCCACAAUCAUGUAUGAUUCUUAGUUAUUAAUGAUAACAGGACUGAGUUGCCAAAUAUCCAUAUUAAUUGCAUGAAUGGUUGUGUUGAACAACACUAAGAAUUUGGAUUUUAGAAAGUACAAAAAUCUGUAACUAAAAAUUUGUAUGAGGAUAUUGGCAAGGGAAGAUGGGACUAUAAGGAGAUGUUUUGUUUUCUACCAGCAAAUGUAGAGCAGUUAUUUUCAAAGUAGUGAUUUUUCUUUGUCACAGCUAAAGUAAGAUUUUGGAAGCCUUCACUGAGUUUGGAUAAAUUAAGUUUCUGUUCUUUUCACCCAUUGGCAUCUUAAAUUAUAUACACAUUUGGUAGAAAGUUCAUUGGAUUUAGUAUCGAUGUUCACUGUCUCUUACUUUUGGUUGCUUUAGUUUAGUAAUCUGUUGUAGUCAUCCAUUUAAAAUAAGAUCUGUGAGCAAGGUAUGUAAAUAAAGAAAACCCCCUACUAGUCUAGAAGAGCAAAGCUAUGUCUUAAGUUGUAUUUUUCAAAGGCUCAUAUUCCUGAGUAAAUAUGAUUUAGUAGCAUGAAAUCCAUUUGACUCUUGAAAAGCGUGGGGGUUAGGGGCACCAAGCCCCUCACACAGUUGAAAAUCCAUUUAUAACUUUGCCCCAAAACUUAAUAACCUACCGUUGACUAGAAGUCUCACUGAUAACAAAGAGUGUAUUAACACAUAUUCUAUAUAUGUAUUUUAUACUAUAUUCUUACAAUAUAGUGAGCUAGAGAAAAGAAAAUGUUAAAGUCAUAAGAGAAAAUACAUUUACAGUACUGUCCUAUAUCAAAAAAAAUUCACAUAUAAAUGGACCCAUGCAGUUCAAACCCAUGUUGUUCAAGGGUCAACUGUAUUAUGCCUUUUACUUAAAUUAUUUGAUAUGGAAUGGGGCACAGGUUAAUUCUGAAAGGGGAAAAAUCCUUGCAGGCACUAUAUAACAAUCUUCAGUAAUUAUGAAAGGCCUGUAUUAGUUUCCUAGGGCUGCCAUAACAAAUUAUCACAAACCGAGCACCUCAAGACACAGACACUCUUCUCUUACAAUUAUGGAGGCGAAAACCAUAGAAUCGAGAUGGGUCCCUAUAGCUUCCCUCUAGAGGCUAUAGGGAAGAAUUGUUCCUAGCCUCUUCUUGGCUUUUGGUGGUUCCCAGCAAUCUUUACUGUUCUUACAGCUGCAUCACUCCAGUAUCUGCUUUGUCAUCACAUGGCUUCUAGCCUCAGUCUUCUUUACCUGUGUCUGUAUCCCUCUUAUAAGGAUACAAAUCAUUGGAUUAGUGUUUGUUGUAAUCCAAUAUGACCUCAUAUUAACUUGAUUACAUUUGCAAAGAACCUAUUUCCAAAUAAGGUCACACCCACAGGUACAAGAUACUAGGACUUGAACAUAUGUUCAAUGUUCACACGUUCAACAUAUGUUCAUAUGUAGGCACAAUUCUAUCCUUACAAGUCCCUAUCAGGCUGUUGAUGACAAGAAGGAGAUAAAACCUUCUAUUUAAAAAGGGUAAGAUUACAAUUAGAAAUAAGUAAUUGCUGAGAUAUUUAAAAAUCUUUUUUAAAAUAAUAGUAAUCUCUUUUCUUAUUUUAAUGUAUUAUUUUCUCUCAACGUUGUUUUGGUUUAUGAAGGUGCCUUAUUUAAAACUUUGGUAAUAUUGAAGUCACCUGUAUUGGAAAAUAAUAAGGGUGGGGAAUUCAGUUAGUACUUAAAUAAACACAUCAAAAGAAGAUAUGUCUCCUAAAAUAAUAAAAUUUUCUCUCGCUUCUUUAAAAACCCUGCCAUAUUAGUAAAUCAAGCUCAUUCUUGAAGGAGUGUUCUUCAGAUUGAUUCUCCAGAAAUCAGUGUGUUGCCAUCUUGGAGCAUUUGAAAAUACUUAAGAUUGGAAAAGAAAAAAGGAAGCAAUUCUGAAGAAAUGUUAAGGUGAAUGAACAAUGAUGAGACUCAUCAAUUACUACCAAUUACAAAGGAAAGUGAAAGAUCAUUUCACGUUAUAGAUAGGGACACAGAUGAUACAGUUUAAAAGGCAAGAAUUGUCCAUGGAGCACUGAGAACAUGUACAGACAAUAGUUGUAAAAAGAAAAUUUAGAAGACAAAAGGGAAAGCAGAGAUUAAAUGACAGCAGUAGCCUAUGGUGCUCAUUAAACUUUGAUCUCAGUUGACCUA